AUGUCAGAAAAUAAUCAAACUUUUGACAAUAAAACAAUUGAAAGUAAUGGCAAUAAGAGGCAUUACAUAGAUAAUGAUAAAUAUCAUGGUAGUUGUUGGAUGAUAAUGUUUGUUAUCUGUACAUAUUCUUUAUCAUCAUCUAUGUUUUUUCCAAUUACAAAAUCUUUAAUAUAUCAAAAGGUAUGUAUACAACAAGGAUAUACUGAGCUGGAAUGUCGAGACAGAAAGGAUCUUUCAUCGAAUUAUUUCAUUCAAACAGAGACAAACAAUAUUUUUAUGAUUGUUGGAGUAAUUUUUUCGAUCAUUGCAAUUUUUAGUAGUAUUUGUAUUGGAAAAUUAAGUGAUGAUGUCUCAAGAAAGUAUGCAUUAAUAGUUCCAUUUAUUGGAUUAAUAUUUUCUGAUCUUAUACUUUUAUCUAUGGCUAAUAGAAUAGAGGAAAAGAAUCAACAUUUAUUUGCCGUGUCUGAAAUAAUUUUUUCAUUUUUUGGUGGAUAUAUGACUAUUUUUGCUUCAGCUUUUUCAUAUAUAUCACAAGCUACAUGUGCCAUUGGUCUCGGGUCAACUCUUGGUUUUUUUUUUGGUUCUUUUUUUGGAUCUUAUGAAUAUACUGAUGCAUAUUUAAUGAUAUUAAUAACACAUUUUUUUUGUAUAUUAAUGAUUUUUCUUGCUAAAGAUAUGACACCAGAACCAGAUGAUUUCAAUAAAACAUCAAUACUAAAUGAAACACUUGCUGAAAGAAUCCAGGACAGAUUUACGGGAUGGAGAAGAAUAUUUUGGGAUGAAGAUGGUAAACGUAAUAUUGCUCUUUUUUAUACAACAUUAGCCUUCUUCUUGUCAUUUCUUGCUUUAAUGGGAUCAAAUAGAAUUCUUUUUUUCUUUUUAAAAAAUAAAUUUUAUUGGGAUGCUGGAGAAUAUAGUAAAUUUAAAAUGCCAAUGCAAUGUACGGCAACAUUUUUUGCAAUAGUUAUAUAUCCUUUAUUAAAAAAUAGUGAUGUUAAAGAUUCUACUUUAGCAUUACUUGGGCUUAUUGCAAGAGGUUUUGGAAGAUUAUUAAUUGCAAUUGCUUGGAAUGAUUCUGUAAUCUAUUCUCUUGUUGUAUUGGAGGCAUUUAAUAAAUUUUCACCAUCUGGUAUGAGAUCAAUGAUGGCUCAAACAGUUUAUACAGCAGAAUUGGGACGUGUAUUUUCAUUAAUAAGUGUUGUAGAAGCAUUUGGAAAUCUUUUGUCUGUUCUUAUAUUUCAUUCAUUAUAUAAUUUUACAAUUACUUUUAUGCCAGAAUUAUCAUUUAUUAUAAUGGCAAUUAUCUGUGUACCAGCAGUUUUUUUAAUAAUAUUGGCUGAUGAAGCAAUUCAAAAGUUAGUGAAGAGAAGGCUUGAAAGGCAAAAAUUAAUGGAACCAAAACUGAUAGUUAAAGUUGAAAAAAAUAUUGAAAUGGAUUAA